AUGGCUGCCAAACCCAAACCUGGAACUGUGCGCGUUGCUGCAGUACAGGCCGAAGGCUGCAACUUCGACCUGCCCGCUGCCGUGCAGAAGACCUGCGACCUGAUAGUCGAGGCUGCUGGGAAAGGAUGUGACUUGGUCGCCUUCCCGGAAGUCUGGAUCCCCCAAUAUCCAGGCUGGAUCUGGCAGCGACCCAUCGACUUCGAAAUGGUCUCUGAGUAUAUGAAGCACAGCCUCAAGCGGGAUUCACCCGAGAUGCGUACCAUCCAGGAGUGCGCCGCCGCCAACAAUAUUACCGUCUGUUUGGGAUAUUCCGAGAAUGACAAUGACUCGCUUUACCUGUCACAGUCAAUCAUCGGCAAGGACGGAACUAUCAGGAUGCAUCGCCGCAAGAUUAAGCCAACCCACGUCGAGCGCACGAUCUACGGCGAAGGCAGCGGUGACUCGCUGAUGAAUGUCGUCGAUGAGCCUGAUGUCGGACGCGUCGGCGCCUUGUCCUGCUGGGAACACUCGCAGCCUUUGCUCCGCUACCAUACCUAUUCUCAGGGCGAGCAGAUCCAUGUGGCGGCGUGGCCGCCUAUGAAUUACUAUAGCUCGUUCCCCGCUGGUAGCGCGUUGUGGUCGCAGUGCCGUGAAGGUGCUCACAAUCUCUCAACUACACAUGCCAUCGAGGGAAACUGCUUUGUCGUUCUGGCCUCCUCAUUCUACACUGAGAAAGGCAUUGAGAGGAUGAAGUUAGGUGAUGGCAAGUUAUACCACAUUGGAGGUGGUGGUUGUGCAUGCAUUAUUGGUCCUGACGGUCAUAGGUUGACUCAGGAUCUGGGAGAGGAGGAAGAAGGUCUUGUCAUUGCUGACUUGGACUUCGAUGAGAUCAAAAAGGUCAAGGCCAUGCUAGAUGUCCACGGUCACUAUAGUCGUCCUGAUCUAUUGUGGUUGGGCGUUGAUAAGCGGGAGAAAAAUCAGGUUCGUGUUGAAGAAUAG